UAUUAUGAAUAUGUAUUCUGAAUGCAUUGUAACUCUGCACGUGAGUGAACGCAGCCAUAAGCUAAUAGGAGCUAUCCAAGACAUUUCAAAAAGCGAUGAUCGGUAAAGGAAACAAACUUAUUGGUGGCUAAACUCUAAUUUCAUCAUGGAUGUCGCCGACACCUAUGCUACACAAAGCCAAGUGAAAGACGAAGUCGGAGUUCGUUGCCAAAAGCUCUUCCAGGACUUUUUAGAAGAGUUCAAAGAAGACAAUGAAAUAAAAUACGAAAAAACACGCUAAAGAACUCCUUAAGCCUGAAUUGAGCACACUAGAAGUCAGCUUUGAUGAUGUUGAGAAAUAUAACCAAAAUCUUGCAACUACUUUAAUUGAGGAGUAUUAUCGAAUAUACCCUUUUAUAAACCAGGCUAUUCUAAACUAUGUAUUAAGCCUUGCCGAUAGUGGUAUGAAAAAAGACUUACAAGGCAAGGAGUGCUAUAUUUCCUUUGUGGAUGUGCCAACGAGACACAAAGUGCGAGAGCUGACUACAGCAAAAAUUGGAACAUUGAUCAGAAUCUCAGGACAGAUCGUGAGAACGCAUCCAGUGCAUCCGGAGCUGGUAUCUGGAACUUUUGUGUGUUUGGAUUGCCAGACUGUGAUUAAAAAUGUGGAGCAACAGUUUAAGUACACCAUCCCCACCAUCUGCCGCAACCCCGUCUGUGCCAACCGGCGCAGGUUUAUGCUGGAUGCAGACAAGUCGGUGUUUGUGGACUUUCAAAAGAUCCGCAUCCAGGAGACGCAAGCUGAGCUGCCGAGAGGCUGCAUCCCAAGGUCUUUGGAGGUUAUAUUGAGAGCAGAGGCUGUCGAAUCAGUUCAGGCUGGAGACCGCUAUGACUUCACUGGCACCCUGAUAGUGGUGCCAGACGUUGGCUCCCUGUCCAUGCCCGGGGCAAAGGCUGAGCUUACGACACGAACGAGGCAGAACAAUGACGGCCAGAUGGAGGGCAUCAAGGGGCUGAAGGCUUUGGGAGUUAGAGAGUUUGUUUGA